AUGGUUGCACUUGUAUCAUCAACAAUAUUUCGACAAACAUAUAGAACAGGAAUAUAUUUUUUUAAUUUAUCUAAACAACAAUUAGUAUCAGCAGUACAAACAACACCGACAACAACAAUACAUGGAACAAUAACAUCAUUAUUAACAUUUAAUCAACAAAUAUUUUCAAUAGAUGAAAUUUUGUUCUAUGACUAUCCUCAAAAGCAUUUCCGCUCUUUACAUGUUACUACGGAGAUGUUAAUUUAA